AUGCAACCCUGUUAUUCUCUUAAUGGGCUUCAACUAGGCGCUUGCUCGGAUAGUCGUAAAAGCGUUCGGUUUGCCGAGCACAUCGGAUUGAGACGAAUCUCCUACACAAACACGGAAGAAGGGUUCACUGAGUGGAUAUCAGGAAAGCUUAAGGCUUUACGCCCCUCCAGAGUCUCUACUGUUAUACACCGGGAUGACUCAAGCGUCCCCACGUUUGGAUUACGGUGUCUUUCAAAGGUCGGUCGCAGACAUCGGUCAGUGAGCCCAAUCGAAGCUGUUGUCUGGAAAAGUGGUCGACAGUUACGUCAAGUCCCUCAAUCAUCAAAUAUCCUCAGGCGAAUCCACGAUUUCUCCACUAAUUUUCGACGCAGUCGUGAACGCCUUCGCCUUAACUCAUGGCGAAGUCAACCUUCACUAAAGCCAUUUACUGACAAAUGUAAACAAUAUACAGAUUUACCCGCUGAUUCUCAUUCGGGUAAGAUGGAGUCAGUUUACAUAUCUGAUGCGGACGAGGAUUACGAGUGGGAGUGCACAUCGAGCGAAUGGGACAACUAUGAAAAUGCCCUUUUCUUCCGACCUCAACAAGAAAGGUUCGUGAGAGUCGGUCUCUAUGAGUCUACAAACAGCUGCAGUCCCGAUGCGGAUUAUGAGUUCGACGAAUACACUACCCGUGAAAAACAGCACGCCCAUAAUUUAAGGCCGAACAAGCGUUCGGAAGACGGAGAGAUAAGUGCCUUAUCGGGUGGGUCCCAGCCUCCCGGUGAACUAGUGCUUUCUUCAUAUGUUAUCCCGCAGACGACCAAACUUCAAGAUCGUGUGACAAAAUCCUUGAGUAGACUAAAUCUACCUCCAUGGAUGAAAAGUGGGACAGAAAAUUUUACCAAGGAUAGGGUUUUUGGAUUAACCAAAUUUGUUUCCCAUCUCCCUCGAUUUCCUCGAUAUGUUUGUGCUACCGAGGACACUGGCGAAGUAAUUCAAGCAAAGCAUAUUACUCGGGAGUUCUUUCAAAAGGUGUAA